AUGGGUAGUCUUUUCUUGACAAUUACUACUCUUUUUGUUUUGGGAAUAAGUGAGUCAUGUUAUACUAUCGACGAAGACCACUGUGUGAGUGACCAACUUGGCCUUUGCACUGGAAAUUUGGUCAUUGUAGAGGAAGACGUUGAUUGUGUUGGUGUGAAUGGAUUUUGGGGGUCAACAAUCACUUCAAUCACUUUCACUUCCCCAGACAAAAUUCGUAUCAAAGACAGUGCAUUCUAUAACGCAUUCUCUCUAAAUAAUUACUACUCCAAUGGAACUGCUUCGUUGGGUCCAUAUGCGUUUGUGUCGACACAAAUCAAAACAUUUGAUCUUGAAGGGGUCACUGACCUUCCAAUGUACGCGUUUUAUAGAAACACCAAAUUGAAGGCCGUAUACAACACAGACAGUCUUGUAAACAUUUCGACAAGAGUUUUCAAUCACUGUGCGUCACUUGACAGUUUUCCGUUUUCGCCAUCUAUCAAAAAAAUAUUGGCUUAUGCAUUUGCUGACACUGGAUUUGUUCACCUCAAGUUCCCAAUACGUCUAUCUUCUUACUACGAUGAUAUCUUUUAUUGGUGCACCAAAUUGGAGACUGCAGACUUGACAAGAGUGUAUAGCAUAUUCGAACGAUUCUUUGAAGGCAGCAAAAAGCUCAGAAAAGUAGUUGGGACAGAAUCAAUUCGAAGGGUUUAUGCUGGUGCAUUUAGUGGAUGCACAUCACUCAACGCACUCCACCUUUACUCAUCAACAAUGGCAAUCAAUUACGACUUCAUAAACAUCCCAUUUCUUUUCUUCCAUGGAACAACCGCACCCACCACGGUGGUAACUCUUAACACUAACUUGGUGGUCUAUGUCGAUGAAAAAUAUAUAAAAUCUACUUUUGGAAAUUUGAAUGUGACAAAAGCGCGCUGCGACAAUGUGCAUUACAUCAACACGACCGCAACUGUUGAUGGUGAAAUCAACGGAGUGCAAUGUUUAAGCUGCCCAAAUGGGAUGAACACCAUCUCUGGGCUUGGCGAGACAUGUGAGUUGAAUGUGUCUAUCUGCCUUGACACUGUGAGUCACUGCGACUUCUGUGAAGAAACUGGGAAGUGUGAGUACUGUGCUGACAACUACUUUUUAAAUGUUAUGACGUCCCAGUGCGUUGAAAAGUGUCCAGAGCGAUUCUGGCAAACCGCAAGUCGCUGUGUCAAUUGCAUUGACAACUGUCAAAUAUGUGACGACACAGAGUCGUGUGAGUUGUGUGAUGAAAACAUGUAUUUUAAUAAAGAGAAAGGGGCUUGUGUCAAUUGCCUUGACACAAACUGUAAAUAUUGUGACACAACGGGACGCUGCAAUGAGUGUAAUAAAAACUAUCAGCUUAUCAUGCCUUACAAAGUCUGCAUUCUCUGUGGAAACAAUUGCGUUCGCUGCAGAGAGGACGGGACAUGCAUUGAGUGUGAACCAAACUAUAAAAUGCUUGACGAAACAAGAAGUUGUGUAUAUGAGAAAUGUCCAGAGAGGUAUUAUGAGGCCGAGGGGUUGUGUAAAAGGUGUGACGAGAACUGUGCUGUCUGCGUCAAAAAUGGUGAAUGUGAAGAGUGCGUGAGUGGUGCUUAUAAAGUCGACCGUCUUAACAUUUGUUUAGAAAGUUGUCCACUAACAAAGUAUUAUAUAGACGAAACUAACAAAGUGUGCAUAGACUGCACACCAAAUUGCAAAACGUGUAGUGAAAUAAACGACAUUGUGAUGUGCUCAACGUGUGAAGAUGGAUUCAAGUUAAUAGAGCCGAGACGAUUAUGUGUGAGUAAAUGUCCUGUUGAAGAGUACUUUGAAUUGGAAGGCACAUGCAAACAAUGUCCAACAAACUGUUUGCAAUGCAAAGACGCACAUUCAUGUGAGUUGUGCAAGCGUGGACAUUUCUAUAACUCGACAAACAAUGUGUGUGAAACUUGUGAUGGUACUACAACUUGCUUAGAAAACAAACAAGUCAAUAUGAAACUUGAAAAAAGUCUGAGUUAUAACAGAGAGUCUCCUUUUUAUUAUUGUUUAUUGUUCUAUCAAUAA